AAAUUUAAAACAUUCGGUAAACCUUUCUCGAAAGGCUUCUCUCUUCCUGGCUAAUUAAUUGCUUCUACUUCUAAUCAGAAACAAAGCUACCCUUACCAAAAACUUAUUGAAACAUAUCAUUACUUUGACGAGAAAUUUUCUAGUUUACAGGGGAGGGAGAAGAAGAAACGAGAAGGAAAAAAAAUAAAGGCAAAGAGAAUUCCCAGCUUUGGGCAACUCAGCAAAGCUAGUCCCUGUCCCUCAUGGCAGUCACCUUGAGAUGUCAGAUUCCUCUGGGAAGCCUAGCUGCUCCGUCUCCCAUUUCAGCUUCGACGCAACCCUUUCGUGUCGAGUAAUAUACUCCUAAAAAUAAUUUGUGAGAAAAAUAAACAAAUGGAGGCGUUGGCGGCGGAGGAGGGUUGAUGGCAGUGGCUCAACGGCGGCUGCGUCGAUGGCGAAAGAUGGCGGAAGCGGCUGCGGCGGCGACUCAACUACAACGGCGGUGAGAACAGCCAUGGCGGCGAACAGCGGUGGAGGAAAAGAGAGAGAGAGUGUGAGAGUAUGAGGAAGAAGCAGAGGAAGUAGGGUAGCAAUGGGGGAAGUGAAGGACAAAUUUGUAAUUUAGAGUGAGAGUUCUACGGAGUCUUUUGAAGCUUCACAAAGAUUUGGAGAGUGACAAGACAGGUAGAGAGAGCAAAAAUUGUGGGAAUUGCUCUCCAAAUUUUGACUUAGCGAGCAUGGGUCUCUGCGUUGGAGAUGGGCUAAGUUGUUCACAAGUUUGUUCGUCUAGCAUUUUCCAACUUGGAAGGCACCGAACCUCCUCUGGUUGGGAGAGAGAGAGAGAGAGAGAGAGAUGCAGAGAAGAAGAUACUGUAACUGGUGUCGCAGAGAUGCGCUACCAUUUGCAGCCAUGGUGAGCAUGGAGUCCAUUUAUGUUGGUUUAAACACUCUGUUCAAAGCCGCUACCCUUAAAGGCAUGAGCUUCCACGUCUUCAUGGUCUACGCCUACGCCAUCGCCGCCCUUCUUCUCCUUCCCCCUGCCCUCUUCUCCUCCAGAUUUUGGCAGAUCAAGAGACGAUCAUCGGCAGGUCGGCUUCUCCGUCGUCUGCAGAAUUUGCCUUCUUGGGCUUGUUGGGGGAGUAUCUCAGAUAAUGGGAUAUACAGGAAUUGUUUACAGUUCUCCAACUCUGUCGUCGGCCAUGAGCAACCUCACCCCAGCUUUCACUUUCUUACUUGCCAUCGCUUUCAGGAUGGAAAGGCUGGAACUGAGGAAUUCAAGAAGUCAAGCCAAAGUCAUGGGAACCGUUGUAUCGAUAGCAGGAGCACUUGUUGUGACUCUGUACAGGGGUCAAGCCAUCAUACCAAAUGGAUCCUCCAUUUCACUUCAUCAGCCUCUUCACCGAUCACAAUCAAGCUGGAUCAUCGGCAGCCUCUUCCUCACCACCCAGUACACCUUGGUCACCUUCUGGCACAGAUCAUAAAGGAGUACCCCGCAGAACUAACUGUAGUCUUCUUCUACAACUUGUUUGUCUGCAUUCUCAGCAUAAUUGUGGGUCUAGUUACUGAACCACGAUGGAAUGCCUGGAGAAUUCGGCUUGAUGUAACACUGGCCUCCAUCUUAUGCUCUGGAGUGUUUGGUUCUCUCUUGAACAAUGUUGUCCACGCAUGGGUAUUGCACCUGAAGGGCCCCGUCUACACUGUAAUGUUUAAGCCACUGUCAAUUGCCAUUGCAGUUGCUAUGGGGGUCAUCUUCCUUGGUGAUACUCUCUAUCUCGGCAGUGUCGUCGGAGCAACAAUAAUAUCAAUUGGGUUUUACACAGUGAUGUGGGGGAAAGCAAAUGAACACUAGGUUGAAGACGGUGAAAAUUGCAGAUUGGGAUUACUGCCCACCCAGAAAUCCCCUCCAUUGCAAAGCCAGUCAUAGAUGA